AUGGCGGCUGCAGCUGUGGUCGAGUUCCAGAGAGCUCAGGAAAUGGUGGGGACCGACAGAGCGGCGAGUAUAGACAUCCUGCAGUCUAUCGUCAAGCGAGAUAUACAGGAAAGUGACGAGGAAGCGGUACGCGUCAAGGAGCAGAGCAUUUUGGAGCUGGGUGGGCUUCUAGCCAAGACCGGACAGGCUGCAGAGCUCGGUGGUCUCCUGAAGUAUGUGCGUCCUUUCCUCAACUCCAUCAGUAAGGCCAAAGCAGCCAGACUGGUUCGGUCCCUGCUGGACCUCUUCUUAGAUAUGGAGGCUGCAACUGGACAAGAGGUGGAACUGUGCCUGGAAUGCAUUGAAUGGGCCAAGGCUGAGAAGAGGACCUUUCUACGCCAAGCACUGGAGGCUCGACUUGUUUCUCUGUAUUUUGACACUAAACGUUACCAAGAGGCAUUGCAAUUAGGAUCACAGCUUUUAAGAGAGCUGAAAAAGAUGGACGACAAAGCCCUUUUGGUGGAAGUUCAGCUCUUGGAGAGCAAGACCUACCAUGCCCUUAGUAACUUACCCAAAGCCAGAGCAGCGUUAACGUCUGCACGUACUACGGCCAAUGCCAUCUAUUGCCCACCCAAGCUUCAGGCAGCCCUGGACAUGCAGUCAGGUAUAAUCCAUGCAGCAGAAGAGAAGGACUGGAAAACCGCAUACUCCUAUUUCUAUGAGGCUUUUGAGGGCAAUGACUCUAUUGACAGUCCAAGAGCUAUAACAGCGCUGAAAUACAUGCUGCUGUGCAAGAUAAUGCUGAACACGCCAGAAGAUGUACAGGCCUUGGUGAGCGGAAAACUUGCCCUCCGUUAUGCUGGGAGACAGACAGAAGCACUGAAAUGUGUAGCCCAGGCCAGCAAGAACCGCUCACUUGCCAAUUUUGAGAAGGCACUGACAGAUUACAAGGCAGAGUUACGGGAUGACCCCAUCAUUAGCACUCAUUUGGCCAAGCUCUAUGACAAUUUGUUGGAACAGAACCUUAUCCGAGUCAUUGAACCUUUCUCCAGAGUACAGAUUGAUCACAUAUCCAUUCUCAUCAAACUGCCAAAGCCUGAGGUAGAACGCAAGCUUUCCCAGAUGAUUCUAGACAAGAAAUUUCACGGUAUCCUAGAUCAAGGAGAAGGGGUCUUGAUAAUUUUUGAUGAGCCCCCUGUAGAUAAGACAUAUGAAGCUGCUCUGGAAACUAUUCAAAACAUGAGCAAAGUGGUGGACUCUCUGUACAACAAGGCCAAGAAACUUACAUAG